AUGAGUACAGCACUCCCCGACCUGGCGAUCGCGACCGACGCAGCCCCUAAUAGCACUCCCGUCGCUCAAGACGCAACGAUUACCGGCUCGGGGACCACAGGUCAGGCAACCGGGGCCGUCAGCAUCACCGGAGCAGGCACGUCGACGACAGGAGGAGCCCUUACAGGUCUCCCCAAACUCUCCGGCGUAGCUCAGCCCGUCACGCCCACCGUCCCCCCAACCGCGAAUGCACCUUAUAUGCAACCAAGCUCCCUCCCAGAAGGCACAGUCUUCAUCGUGGUCGGCGCCAUUCUGGGCUUCAUGGCCAUAAGCGUACUCCUGUGGCGAGCCCUGGUCGCUUGGUCUCUCCAUCGCUCCGUCAAGUGCGCCUCCCAGCACCAAACCAUGACCGACACCAAAGCUAUGUUCCGGGCGCCUGGACCCCCAGCGGCCCCGUUCUACAAGAAUUAUUCCGACCGGGACUCUACCAUCUCCCUCUCUGGUGUCGGAGGAAAGAGUGGGAAGAAGGCUCGCCCGACACCAACGCAAGGAAAUGCCGACCGAGCCUCCCUCUUCUUCUCCCCCACCGCAGGCGCCGCAGGAGCCGGCCUCGGCACAGGGGCCGGAAACCGGGCCAGCUCCUACCUGCCCGCUGGGUACUACGCUUCUGGCACCGCAUCUGCGGCCAACGGAAGCUCGCAAGUAACGCUCGGUGGUCAUCAGCCUGCCAUCUCUCUCUCUCAUCUCCGGACUGACUGUCAAGGCUACAACCGUGCGCGGAGCAUGGGCCCGAGUCCGCCAGACAGUCCGCAUUCCGCGGGGGCGAGCGAGAGGCAGUAUCUACAGAGCACGAGCUCGCUGAACCUGGACCAGGGCUACGGGGGCGGUGAUCGGCGGCCGAGUGCGUAUUUGGAUGAUCUAUUUGAUAGGGAAGGGGGUGGUGUGCUGGGCGGGGUGGAGCACGGGAGGGCGCAUUCGGGUAGUCCCCGGCGGUACUAA